CCAGCUCUCCCAGCCCUUCCUCGCAGGCGGGGCGCUCCAUCGCUCCGACCACCCCGCUGCCUGCUCUGGGCCCGGCUCAGCGUGUGACGGCCCGCACAGAGGCCGUGUCCAGCCGCGCUGAUCCCGGCCGCGCUCCCGGCCCCGGGGGCGGGCGGAGGCGGCGGCACACGGCGGCGGAGCAGGCGCGGAGGGCCCAGGCCGCGGCGGAGAGCGCGGGCCCCGCCGCCCAGGCCCGGCGCUCCGCGGCCGGCACAGCUGAGGGCGGGCCGGGCCCCUCCUCCGCCGCCACGGCUGUUUCCUGCGCGGCCGGCGGAGAGCCGGGCGCUGCCGGCGCAGGAUUUGGAGACGCCGGGAUGCCGAUCCGUGUUGAUGAUGUGAUGACGCUGCUCAACCAUGUUGCCACGGUGAAGGGCAUGAAAGCUGCUGUCACAUGUUCUGGCCGGGGAGCAAUGCUGACAGGUGCAUCAGCAUUUUUAGGGGGGAUGCUGGGAGGCCCUCCUGGAAUUGCUGUAGGAGGAGCAGUGGGUGGAUUGAUUGGAUGGAUCACUUCUGGACAGUUCAAGUCAGUCCCUCAGAUUUUAAUGGAAUUGCCUGCUGCUGAGAAGCAGAAACUCUGUGCUGAAGCCAUGGCUGUUGUCAAGAACUUAGACUGGACUGAUGCUGCUCAGCUGAUUGCUCUUGUAAUGUCAAAUUCUGCUCUCACGGACAAGGUAUUAGGAGUGCUGACCACUUACCUUACCAAUGAGCUAAAAGCACAACUAAAAUAUGGAGAAUAAUCCUCUAGGAUUGUUAGAGCAGGAUUUUUAUGCUGGAUUGCAUUUUACUCCCAUUGCUGUGAAUCUUCAACACAACAAUUGUUAUUUAUCAGUACUAAUUAUAAAUACAUGCUGAUCUAAGUAAUUUGGGGGUAUUUGGUUUUGGUUUUUGGGGGUUUUACAAUUUUUAUCAUUAUUUUUAUCAUUUUUGAUUAGUGUGGCUUUGUAAGGAUAGUAUUGGAUUACUGCAUUAACCUGACUUGCUAUGAAAUUUUGGAUUGCUCGGCACUAGGAAAAAUUCAAAUUGCUGAAGGGAAUCAUGCUGCUCUUAGGCUAAUGUGUCACUUGUGAAAAUUUUCAAAGUUGUUUUGUUUUAUUUAGAAGACUUGAUUCUGUUUAAGUGCUUUAUUUUUUUUUUCCCUGUGAAUGACAUGUAAGGUGCCAAAGUAGCUGGGGCACUUGGAAUUUGUUUGUUUUAGCCCUGCAAAGGAAAGUUUUAUAAGGAAUUGCAUUACUGUGAACUCAAAAGACUCAAUCUGUACUUUGUCACUUUUGUAUUGUAAUUCUUGAGUUAUCUUUUCUUGUAAGAAGUGAAGCAAAUACUUCAACAAGAUUUCAAGUAAGGAAAACAAACUGUGAACAUUUUCAAUUCAAUUUUCACCAGGUUCCUGUGCCCUAGAAUGGGAGGGUGUGACAUUAAAAAAAUGGGGAGCUGAUUCUGCCAGUUUUAUAUGAGCCCCAGGAUUAAGGCUGUCAUUUGAGCAUUGAUUUCUGGAUUGAGUCUGUACAGCUGAUCCUCUGUUUUCAUUAAAAUGUCCAUAAGAAGCCUCAUAGUGAUCUGUGUGCUGCUUUAAAUGACAGGAAGACUUUAGGAACUCAGGCAGGCCUGCAGUGGGCAGCCAGCAGUUGGCAGCAGCACUGCUGGUGAGGUGGGGUGAUGUGCCAGCUGCAUUAUUACUGUCAGCACCAAAUGCUGUGGUGCUGAAUGUCCCAGCCAGUUGGUCACAUUGGGUUUCGGGGCACUCAUAAGACAAGUUUCUAGGUAGAAAAAUGUGCAGGUGUACCUUCUUUUUAUGUAAAGACACAAGUGAAACUGUUCUGCCAAGUUCAUCUUUUUGCCUAAAAUAAAGAUCUCUGUGUGUGUGUGUG